GGCGCUGGAACUCACCAAAGUAGUGACGAUGAUGAUGUUGUGGUUGUCCAUGCCGCCGAUACCCCUGUGAGAGGUAUCUCGUGCGGGAGACGCCGUGGGGGGAGCUCACCACGCAUGGAGCUGAGCUCGGAGCGUGCGGUGGCCACGCUGGAGAUGUCGCAGACGAAAAGCAAAGACGACGAGGAACCGUCAGGCACUGACGGGGACUACGAGAGCUUGCCACCUCAUGUCUCAGUGACGACCCACAUGACAGCAGGCGCCGUGGCUGGCAUACUGGAGCACACGGUGAUGUACCCCGUGGACUCUGUCAAGACGAGGAUGCAGAGCCUGCAGCCGGACCCAAAUGCUCAGUACCGGGGCGUGUAUGAGGCUCUGAAAAGGAUCAUCCGGACAGAGGGAUUCUUCAGACCCCUUAGGGGCCUUAACAUCACCAUGAUGGGAGCAGGGCCGGCCCACGCGCUCUACUUCGCCUGCUACGAACGGCUGAAGCGCUCGCUGAGCGACGUCAUUCAGAGUGGAGGCAACAGCCAUUUAGCCAAUGGUGUGGCUGGGAGCGUGGCCACCGUUCUUCACGAUGCAGUGAUGAAUCCAGCUGAAGUGGUCAAGCAGAGGAUGCAAAUGUAUAAUUCUCCAUACCGAGGACUUUGGGACUGUGUUCGCACGGUGACGCACACCGAAGGCAUCGGAGCCUUCUACCGCAGCUACAGCACACAACUGACCAUGAACAUCCCCUUCCAGGCCGUUCACUUCAUCACCUACGAACUGAUGCAGGAGCAGUUAAACCCCCACAGACACUACCACCCCGGCAGCCACAUAGUGUCGGGAGCAAUAGCGGGAGCCGUUUCCGCCGCAAUAACUACUCCACUUGAUGUUUGUAAAACGCUGCUCAACACACAAGAGAAUGUAGCGCUCAACUCGGUGAACGUCAGCGGCCACUUAUCAGGAAUGGCCAAUGCCUUCAGGACUGUGUACCGGCUCGGUGGUCCGGGAGCUUUCUUCAAAGGGGUCCAAGCUCGGGUCAUUUACCAGAUGCCCUCCACUGCCAUUGCCUGGUCGGUGUAUGAGUUCUUCAAGUACUUCCUGACAAAGCAGCAGGUGGAACAAGAGGCAGGACCUCGGCAGCUGUAAUGCAAAGCGGCAGGCUGACGGAAGAAGGCUCCAACUUGAAUGUGUGUGAGCUCAGUGUGUUUUCCCAUGAGCUGUUUGAGGAAAUAACACAAGAUUUUCUCUCACAAGGAAGUCACUGUGGUGGGGGCGUGGCAAAGACUGCCACUCCUCAUAGUUUUCUUCGGUAAGACGGCGUGCUUGAGUUAAGAUGAUGUUGCACAACCGCGAUAUGCAACAGAGACGACGGAUUCCCGUACAAGAGUUUUAUCUUUUUUCUUCCGACACUCCACAGACACACCAACCACCAAUCUCCAAACUCUCCAGCUUGUACAGUACAUGUGGUAAACACAUGAUUAACUUGUUUAUGUUUCUUAAUAUUGGAGCUUUUUUUAUUUAUUUUCUUAGCUCUGUGAAGCUUGCAUUUUAUGAAUGCGGAAGAAACACACGGCUGUUUGUUUUAGUGCAUUGUGUGUUUAUGAAAAACCAUUGCCACACAUUUUUUUAUUUCCACUCCUCCGCAGACCGGUCCGUUGUGUUUUCCAAGUGCCUCGAGAAUACUAAACACUUCUUUAUCUCGUUUUGCUCUGCUCUCGACACAGGAGAUAUUUCCACAUUUUACGUGUGUUAUUGUGUCUUUCAUAUCUGAACAUUCUCAACAAGUGUCUGCCUAAAUUUUCCAUUUUUUUUAUUUUUUAAUAAUGCUUUUGAAGUUUUCCUCCCGUCUGAGAGACCCUCUGUCUCUCUCAGUAUCAAAGUGUGUCGGCUGUAAUGGUCCAGUGAUUUGCCUUGUUAAAAGCGCAGUACUACAAUGAAUCACGCACAAUAAUAGUCUAACAUAAAUAAAUAACCAUAGCUGUUGCAGAAGCCGGGCAGCUUGUUUGAAUGUAUUCAAACCUGAAAACAUAUUUUGACCGUGGCUAUUUCUGAGGAACCUCUUGAAGCAGGUCCACAUGUGGACCACGUAAGGCUGUUACGUGGGACGACGACAGCGUCUCAACCCUUGUGUGCGUUUGUACUUGUGUGACGUUUGCUUUGUUCAUGUGUGGAAACUGACCUUCAAAAUAAGAGGUCGGUUGUAUAUAAACUACAAAAUAUAUGUUUGACUGAACGUUAACAAGCAAUUUUCUGGGGUCUAAAAUCUCACACUCCCGACUCUUUUUUUUAUUUUGAACAGCUUUGAUGAUGUUGGGCACACUUUGUUACCACAAGGCCAGUAAAAACCAAAUCAGCCGUUAGGCAGGCAAUGCUACUUCUUGUAUUUCCACUUAUCCUGUUGUAUUUAGACACUUCCUGUGUGCUCACUGCUCUCUCCAGCCUAUUGUCUAUCUUGGAUUCAGCCAUCCAGACGUUUGGCCAGAUAUUAAUGUAAUCCCGAAAGCAGACAGAUUUAUUUGUUUUUAGUAAGCGUUUUGUCUUACUUUGGAAAACUUUGCGAGAGCCCAGUAGUCCCAUUAACCCUUUAGUAACUGAUUCCUCAUGCUCAUACAGUUGGGUUCAUACUAAGAAACCAAAGACAUGCAUCAUAGGCUAUGCAUCCUGCUUUUUAUCUGCUUGCUGUGAAUUAUCAUUCCACCUUUUUAGUCUCGUUUAACUGCCUAAUAACUUGAAAUCUUCAGAAUCUCUCGGAAGGUCGAUGAUCUCUGCAUUUGUUUUUUUUAGCUCAGUGGUGUCCUGGGCGGAAGCAUUUAAGAGUGGAAAUUGUACAUUAACUAUUUUUCAGUAAGGUUGGAAAAUUGCAUCGUGACUUAAUUCUUAGCUUGCUGUUUAUACUGAAUAGUAGUUGCACAUGCAAUAUUAAUUUCAUAUUUAGAUGCUUUUGUCAUCUUGAAUAUAAAAGUGGCUUCAUUAGCAUAGAUACACUCAGCUUUAUUUAUGUGUAGCCACAGUUCAGUUAGUCUGCUGCACACAUUGUGUUUGUUUUGUUUUUUUAGUGUAGAUCUUCUGAUUUUAAGUUAAUCAUAAUGAACCAGAUUAAAAUGAAGCCCAUCAUGAUAGGAUUUUAAAUGACUGCAUUACACUCGCUGUCGACACUCCACAGUUACUCUGAGGUAUCGAUUCACAAAAGCGUGUCAUUGUAGUAGUGUCGUAAAUAUAACUUCAGAUAAACGCUUACAUUUUAAAAUGGAAAUAUUUUCAUGCUAUUGACGCACAAAUGAUUAAAAUGGGAGUUGGUGUGAUUUUUGCUCUGCACCAUCUCCAGAACAGGAAUACUUGGAAGUUUGACAAUGCAAAUAUUUAAUGAUUGUGAUAAUGCUGCUACAGUAUGUAACACUGGAGCUGAAAUUAAAAAAAAAAAGCAAAUGCGAAA